UGUUCAUUAUUUUUUGGAUUAUAUCUUACUUUUGUUUUAAUCGGAUUGUACAUGCCCACUUGGGUUUUUGCGGAUAUUAUCUUUCAGUAAAUGAAAAUCUCACAAAUGAAGACUGUAUUAAUUUAUGUCUGAGUAAUAAAAGGCAUUUACUAUCGAAGAUGUGUAGAUACGAAACUUUACGGUCGAAAGCUUUUUUAGAUUCACCUGAGUCAUGUUUUUCUCGAUGGAUUGUAGCGUCUAAUUUUCUUUAUCCUAUGAGACCUAAUUUUGUGCGUGUUAAAGAUAUUGGAGCGUGUCAAUUGUUGUGCCAGAAGACAGAAGAUUGCGUUUAUUUCAUUUUUGCUUGGAAGAAUAAUUUCUUAUAUAUUAACAAUCCAAAAGAUACAAAUUGCCUACUUUAUACAAAAAAUCAGAUAGAGAUUACAAUGAAUGCAAUGGUUCCAGAACCAGGUAUCUAUCACGCAAGUGGCUAUGACUAUCAAUAUUGCAACGCAGCCGUAUUUUCGUUGUGUAUGACGCAACGAUUGAGUUGUUUGAGAUGUAGUGAAAGAUUGCGCUGUGCAUAUCGUGAAAGUGAUGAUGAGUUUAGUGGUCCAAAAAUUUGCCCUUCUACAGGUAAAUUCAAUCUAUGUGAUUAUACUUAUAAAACCACUACCCCGACGACUACAACCACUACCCCGACAACUACAACCACUACCCCGACAACUACAACCACAACCACUACGCCGACAACUACAAUUACAACCACUACGCCGACAACUACAACCACUACGCCGACAACUACAACCACUACGCCGACAACUACACCUGAUCCAAAUACAACUUUAACACCAAAACCGGUUCCAGUAGAACCUACACAAAGUACACCUGAAGAAACAUUUCCCGAUAACCCUGAAAUACCACCAUCUCCGGAUAUUCCUGAUGAGCCUGUAAAUCCGAAUGAAGAAAAAGAAGAAAAGAUACCAGGCAUUGUAGUACCUAUUUUAUCUGCAACAGGAGGAGCAGCAGCAUUAGCUUUUGCUGGAUACUCAGCAUAUUCGUUCGCAAGUCCUAGUGUAACUGCAAGAGAAGAAGAUUUUGCUGACAACGAUUUAAAUGAAAAUAACGUUGAGCAAACAGCUAAAAUUGACGCAGAAGCAUUUCUCUGAUCUUAUAAAAACCGUUUUUUUACAAGUGUAUCAAUUAUUUUU